UUUCCCAAUAUGCACCGCGCUCGAGAAACGGAAGUAAUUUGGGUUGUCAGUUUAUUCUCUCGGGCUCGGUGACUUUAUCUUUUGCGUAUCUGUCUUUGUAUACAAGUUAAACCUGGGACUAUUUCGUAUUGUUCAUCAUACGGAUUUGCUAACUAAUAAUUCACGGUUCCAUCCUAUACUCCACGAUUUUCCAAAAAGUUCUCCAAGUGCAAUUCAGGAAGGAGUUGGAUUCACACUUAAUCAUGGCAGAUGAUGAAUUUACCGACAUAAAUGGUAAACCACUGUCACUGGAAUACCGUUUCCAUUCCAGUUUUUGUAGAGAGUUCAUAGUAAGCGCGCCUAAAAUGUCCUUGCUUAAGGUCAUGGUGUACACUUGUUCGGUUUGGUUAUUUGCCUACGCCGUGUUUUUCGUCACCGAGAACACGGCGGUGCUGUCCGCUGCCAUCCUUGUGACGCUCGUUGGGAUGAUGCUCCACAUCCAUUUCAUCAAGAUCGACCAGGAGACGCUGCUGGUCAUCGGCUCAUUGGGCAUCCAGGUGUCGGCGUCCUAUGCAUCGGGCAGGGAGAGCACCACCUUCAUCGAAAUGAGCAGGAUCAAGGACAUUGUUAUUAAUGAGGCUAUUUAUAUGCAAAGAGUGAUUUACUACCUGUGCAUUCUGGUGAAAGAACCGGCAAACCCUGAUUCGGUGUCCAGUGUGGUGCCCCUUUUCCAGAGUUCCAAGCCGAGAUUAAAUUGCUUGAUAAAGGUAUAUAGAAGUUGCCAAGAAAUUCUUGGACAGAGCUAAGUGCUACACAAAGUUUAACUGAAGGCACAUGAAGUGAGGAGCACUUUCAGACUCACAAUUGAAAGUGAGGUCUUGAGUUGUACUACUGACCAAAAAGAGGUAGAAUCCCUUAAGACUUAAGGCUUCUGUGAGCUUUCAUGGAAAUGUUUUAUACACAGAAUGAGCCGCGUCAAAAAACUACACUCUGCUGUAAAAGUAAAAUCUAAUUUUAGCAUUACCGCUGUAAUGAUUUUAAUGGAAAAUUUGUUUAGUCUUUAUGUGUAAAACAUUGGAAUUCCAGAGUUUGAACAUCACGUUUACUGUGAAUGUCACUGAUAUCAGCUAAAGUUUUUGGAUUGCAGUCAGUGUUACUGUGUUUAAUAUAGUCAGCCGAAAUACUGAUUUAUAGCAGAUUACUUGAGAAUAAAGACCUGUGUGGCAGGAUUGUGUUUAAGGUAAAAUAAACCUUAUUACUUUAAGUAUAAAAGUGCAGCUAAUUAUAAUCUUGGCUAUUUUUGUACACCGUUUAUGAUGAUCAUUAUUAGUUUUUUGUAACAUAUGUACAUCCAAGGACUAUUAAAUUCAAUGUGGAUUCUCUGAGAUUUAUUAAAAUGGAAUUUUUAUUUA